ACUACUUGAUUUUUUAUAGUUCUGGUAUUCUUGUAUGAUUUUCCUAUAAAUAUCGACCUACUAUAAACCAACAAACUCGCUAACACUAAACUCACUUUCCCCUUUCCCUCUACAAAAACAUAAUAAUGCACACAAAAAAACUGAUCAGCCCCAUGACUCCUCUCCUUCUCUUACUUUUUUUCUCGUCUCUCACUGUUGGGUCCGCCUCUGCUUCCGCUGGUGAAAACUUGUACACCCCAAAAGCCAAUCUGAUUCGGUAUUGGAACAAAGAGGUCAAAAACAAUCACGCCAACCCAACCUUUCUCCUAUCCAAAGCGUCCCCAUUGAGCGCGGUCGACGCAGAAAGAUUGUCCAAACUUGCAGCCCAGAAUGCUCUCUCCUCUCAGUUCCCCGCCAUCUGCCCCAUCGCCAACCUUUUGUGCUUCGCCGAUUCAUCCCCUACUCGUCAAGAACUCAUAUCCCGUGCCAGCGGUCCCAACAUUAGAUCAUGGUGCUGUAUUUUCUUUCAAGAAUCGAUGUUAAAGAAAGGGAAGGUGAUGCCAAUGCCGGAUAUUGAGGACAAAAUGCCUGAAAGGUCGUUUUUGCCUCGGUCCAUUUCGUCAAAAUUACCAUUUUCGACCUCUAAGAUUUCUGAAAUAAAGAAGAUUUUUCAUGCGGAUGAUAAUUCUACUAUGGAAACUACGAUAGUGAAGUCGUUGAGUGAGUGCGAGAAGGCUCCGAGCCUAGGCGAGACCAAGCGGUGCGUGGGCUCAGCUGAGGAUAUGAUUGACUUUGCAAUCUCGAUCUUGGGUCGAAACAUUGCUGUUCGAUCAACUGAGAAUGUUAAAGGGUCAAAGAAGAAUAUAAUGAUUGGAUCAAUCAAAGGGAUCAACGGUGGCAAAGUCACGCAAAUAGUCUCUUGUCAUCAAACCUUGUUCCCGUAUCUACUCUAUUCCUGCCAUUCGGUCCCAAAGGUUCGAGUCUACGAAGUGGAUAUACUGGAUCCGAAUUCGAAGGCUAAGAUCAAUCAUGGUGUUGCCAGCUGUCACAUGCACACGUCGAAUUCAAACCCGAAUCAUGCUGAAUUGACUAUAGCAUCAGGUCCUGGUCAGAUCAGGGCUUGCCACUGGGUUUUCGAGAAUGAUCUAAUCUGGACAGUUUCUAACUAGCCCUUACAGACCUUGGUCGACAAGACAUCAAGUUGAUUAAGGGUCGUUUCGUUAGGCACUUUGGAAGCUUAAAAAAGAGUUUUUAAAACCCCAAAACUCCAUUUCGUAAUAGUACUAUUCAUAACGUUUUUAUAAAUGCUCAUUUUCAACUCAAAACAUAGUUUUGCAAUAGCUUGUACAAAAAUACUCUAAUUUACCAUAUGUAUUUUGCUACUAAUAGGAAAAAUAGUUAUGGAUUUAUUUUACGUCUGGAAGAUGCUUAUUAUACUAUAUAAUUUGAGUUUUGAUGACCUUUUCAAGGUUACUUAAAUAAUUGGAU